UAAUCCAAGUUGUGAUUAAGGUUAAGACUUCCGGUAGGAUUUCUGUGCUUGGUUAUGAUUUUCUUCUUUAGUUACUUCCUAGUAUGGUGAAUUGUGUCUCCUCUCUCAGUUACGAAUUUUGUGUUUUUGCCUCUGUCAUUUUAUAAUAAUCUAGAUGUUCUACAUUUAAUAAGAUAUAUUUUAAUUUGAUGCUUUUCUUGUUUGCUUUUCUUUUGUUUCAUCAUCGUCAUUGUGUCUUUAAAUCCUAUUUUUUCCCCUCGAUGUAAUCUGUAAUUACCUCACUGGGAUCAUUUAAAUUUCAUCUUCAUUUAAUCUAGUAGUCUUUAUUACUGGAUCAUCUCUUUUCCAUUGCAGGCAAAAUCUGGUGGAUGUUGAUGCUGGUUUUACGUCUGCUAGUCCUGCUGCUGGCUGGCUUCACCCUCUUUAGUGAUGAGCAGGAAAGAUUUAUCUGCAACACCAUCCAGCCAGGCUGCUCUAAUGUGUGUUUUGACGUAUUUGCUCCUGUAUCCGUCUACCGUGUCUGGCUCUUCCAUCUUAUUCUUCUCUGUCUCCCCCAUGUGCUGUUUGCAACCUACGUCAUGCAUAAAGUUGUGUCGUAUCCCUCUCCUGGAGGUUUCUGCAGCGACAGGAGUCGAGGAGCUUUACCUUUCACCCUUGAGAACUCCAUGUCCUUCCAUAAAGCUCCACCUCACAACCCCCCACUAGAAUGGCGAGUGCCACGCUUCUACUGCGCCUACGUCCUGGUGGUGAUUCUACGGAUCCUUAUAGAAGUGGUUUUCGGUGCAUGUCAGUUUUUUCUCUUUGGUUUGUCCAUUCCUAAGAGAUUCCUCUGUUACGAAGCUCCCUGCACAUAUGGGGUGGAAUGCUACAUCUCCAGACCAACUGAGAAGACUUUAAUGCUCAACGUCAUGCUGGGUGUCGCCUCCUUGUCUAUUCUGCUAAGUUUGGUUGACCUGGGGAGCUCCAUGAAGGCGAUGGUGAGAUGGAGGAGGAAAAGGGAAAUGUUUAUGGAGGAGAUGAGUAAAGGAGAGCAAAGCAGUGUUUUUACAACGACAACAAUCAGUGAAGACAAUGAUGUUCUUUUAACCAGAAGAAUCAGCCUGAGUGGGAGCUCAAAGAAUGGUCUCAAAGAGGAAAAACAUGCUGCUGCUGUUGUGCCAAAUGGUGAACGUCUUCCUACAAAGGUGGAUGGUGGAACCGUAAUUAAAACCAGUGAAUCCACUAAUCAUAAGAGGCCAGAAAACAAAGAUGCUAAGGCCGAGAUGUCUUGGUCGCCCACUCCUGUGAGCGCUCCAGUACCAACUCACUUUGUCCUUCACAGCUAUCUGAAACCUCCACUGUACCGUUGCCCCGACAAGGAGCCGCCACCAAACUCUACGGUGCUAACACCUAUGGGUGUCAAAAAGCUGGGGCAGUACACUCCAGGUGGGGCAAACUCAGGCCAACAGUCUGAUGGCAGUGAAUCUGAAGACAAGAGGGCAUGGGUGUAGUUGACUGGUGACUGCUGUACACCUUCCUUUAAAAGGCCCGGAUAUUUAGCUUGAACUAUUGUUGUCAGCAUGAAUUCAUAUGAAAGAGAAGAUCUGCUAGAAAUUAUAAAGCUGCACUAAUGAAUAUUUUUAUUAAUGAUGAAUCAAAUGACUAUGAUGUGAAAGGUGUCGUUUGUCCUGACAAACCCACAGAGAUACUAUUAGCAACUUUUAGUUUUACAAAAUACUGCUCUCAUCAAUGCAGCUGUUUUCAAGAAGGUAAAAUAAAACCAUUGUACUCAACAACAUCUAACAGUAGUAAGCUAUAUAGCUUAAGCAAGCUAAUUAACAAAGUAUGCUAGCAAGUAUCUGACAUUAGCAAGCUAAAGAGACAUAUUUCUUCUCAGGAGUUGGUUGAGAUGUAAAAGAAAAAUAAAGAUUGGACUCACAUUUAUCUGGUGGCUAGAAAAAUGACAAAUCAAUGAUACUGUUGAACCAUAUCUGCUUGAUAUGUUAUGGUUUGCUAUUCACUAUAGGCAUAGCAACUUUAUAAUACGAUUGUAAGUAAGUAAAGUGUUUCCAGCAUGUUCCACUGCCCAGGAGUGACCAAAAAGUCAAGGAGUGUGGCUUUGAAAAAAACAUAGUUUAGCUUAGCUAAAGGGCUCAUAGGACACAAAUGUUACAUGGACACAUACACAUGCUCCACAACAGAUCAAAAAUCAGCCACCUUGUCUCAAUCUUCUGUUUUGAGUUUUCACGUGGCAAAAAAACGACAUGUUGUUUUUCUUGAU